CCCUAUUCCCAAUGCACCACCACCCCAUUCCCACAUAAUGCCGCCUCCCUCCUCCUCCCUUCCCGCCCUCGCCGCCUCUCUCCUCCUCCUCGCUGUGGGCCUCGCCCAGGCCCACAUCCCCACCACCCUCGACGGCCCCUUCAAGCCUCUCACCGUCCCCUUCGACCCCCGCCUCCGCGGCAACGCCGUCGACCUGCCCCCCUCCGAUCCCCGUGUCGUCCGCCGAGUCAAGGGCUUCGAGCCCGAGCAGAUUUCCGUCUCGCUCUCCGCCUUUCACGACUCCGUCUGGAUCUCCUGGAUUACCGGGGAAUAUCAAAUCGGAUACAAUAUAAAACCGUUGGAUCCCAAAAGCGUGAAGAGUGUUGUUCAUUACGGCAAGCUGAGGUAUCCACAGACGCAUGAAGCAACUGGAUAUUCUCUUGUUUAUAGUCAGCUCUACCCUUUUGAAGGUCUCCAGAAUUACACUUCUGGAAUCAUCCACCAUGUUCGUCUCACAGGGUUGCAACCCAGUACCAAGUACUUGUACAGAUGUGGGGAUCCUUCUAUACCUGCAAUGAGUGACAUUUACCAUUUCAAGACCAUGCCGGUGCCCGGUCCCAGGAGCUACCCGAAGAGAAUCGCAAUUGUGGGGGAUCUUGGCCUUACUUAUAAUACAACUGACACUAUCAGUCACUUGACUAGUAAUGACCCUGAUCUUAUGUUGUUGAUUGGUGAUGUUACUUAUGCAAACUUGUACCUCACGAAUGGGACUGGGUCGGACUGCUAUCACUGCACGUUUGGGGACAACACUCCGAUACAUGAGACCUACCAGCCUCGGUGGGAUCUCUGGGGAAGGUUUAUGCAGAAUUUGGUUUCUAGAGUUCCGAUAAUGGUGGUAGAAGGGAACCAUGAAGUUGAGGAACAGGUUGACAAGAAGACGUUUGUGGCUUAUAGUUCUCGAUUUGCGUUCCCCUCUGCAGAAAGUGGAUCUUCGUCCACAUUCUACUACUCGUUUAAUGCAGGGGGCAUUCAUUUCAUUAUGCUUGGAGCGUAUACUCUCUUUGACAGAUCAUCGGAGCAAUACAGGUGGCUGGAGCAGGAUUUGGCCAAGGUGGACAGAUCCACGACUCCAUGGCUGGUAGCUACUUGGCAUCCACCAUGGUACAGUACCUAUGGCGCCCAUUACAAAGAGGCAGAAUGUAUGAGACUGGAAAUGGAAGAGUUACUUUACUCUUACGCCGUUGAUAUAGUGUUCAGUGGACAUGUUCAUGCUUACGAAAGGUCAAAUCGAGUUUAUAAUUACUCAUUAAAUCCAUGCGGACCUGUGCAUCUCACUAUUGGUGAUGGAGGUAAUCGAGAGAGUAUGGCAAUCCAACAUUCUGAUGAACCUGGUCAGUGCCCAUUGCCAAGUGUUGAUGAGUAUUUGGGUAUGUGUGCAACAAACUUUACAUUUGGUCCAGCAGCUGGUAAAUACUGCUGGGAUCGGCAACCAGAUUACAGUGCUUUCAGAGAAAGCAGCUUUGGCCAUGGGAUCCUUGAGAUGAAGAAUGAGACUUGGGCUCUAUGGACAUGGUACCGUAAUCAGGACUCUGAAGAUAAGGUGGGAGAUCAAAUUUACAUAGUGAGGGAACCAGACAGAUGCCAUGUUCGGCAGGUGAUUGAAAGUUGGCCUGUUGAUCUGUGAUUUUCACUGCUGGGAAAUUUACUCUGAUUAUCAGGAGUCAUGUGAGCAUCGAGUUUACGUGACUCAUUGAUGGAUUCAUGGAAGAGGUAACUCAGGCAAUACUAAUGAACAAAUUCUUAGAUGGUAUCACUGAAAUCAUGUUGUUAGAAGGGAAAUCCUAGUUCUUACCCUCGAAAGUGUCUAGUGGCCAUCUUUGUAUUAUGUUAGGUUAAUAUACGACUGAAAUGUCUGUAACCUAUAAAAUCCCAUUCAUAUAUCUUGCUUAGACGAGGAUCAUGAUUUUUUUAUAUCCAAUAUACAAGAUUGAUACACAUUUUUAUGGUA